CUUUGAUCUCAAUAUUUAUAUUCUUCCGAAAGAGGCAAAAGUGCGAGUGGCCUCCGCGGGUCCCGGGAAGGGUAUGUUUAACAUUCGCCUCGCUUCUUCUUAGAUUUAUAUUAGAACUUCGGUCAAUUUCUUGUAGGUCGUAUACGACCCAACACUUUACCCCCAGCCCAGUAUGUCCUCUUCCACUCGGGUCAUCAUCGUCACAGGCGCAUCGUCCGGCCUCGGGCGAGCCAUCGCCACUGAAUUCGCUUCACACCCAACGACCGGCGUCGUCAUCUGCGCGGAUCUAACACCAGAUGCACUCUCCGACGUGCAAGAGGCAAGAUCCACCGUGGACGAAAUCCAGACGAACUACGGCGCCGAGAAGGCGGUCUUCGCAAGGGCAGACGUCAGCAACGCCGCGGACAUGAAACAGUUAGUCCAAACGGCAGUUUCGUCCUUUGGCCGUCUCGACGUGCUGGUUAACAAUGCCGGGGUUGCGCUCGAGUCCUACAACAAGCGGGGACCCCGGCCAGUGCAUGAGACAGACCAGGACACCUUUGAAAUCACCAUGGAUGUCAAUGCGAAGUCUGUGUUUCUGGGAUGCAAGUACGCGGUCGAACAGUUCCGGAAGCAGGAUCUUGAUGCAGCGGGGAAUAGAGGGUUUAUCAUCAAUAUGUCCUCCGUUUAUGGAAUGGCAGGGGCUGAGGGACAUGUAUCGUACUGUGGCAGCAAGGGAGCCGUUCUGCAGAUAACAAGGGCGGUUGCUGUUGAAAAUGCACCAUUCAAGAUUCACUGCAAUGCGAUUUGCCCUGGCUUCAUCAAAACAAGCAUGGAUAGUAUGCUGCAUAGUAACCGAAAACACCUUGAAGACACCAUCAGGAUGCACCCAUGGGGAGCGCUUGGCCAGCCGAAAGAUAUUGCCCAUGCUGCUGCCUUCCUGGCCAGCGACAAGGCGAGUUGGAUCACGGGUGUCGCCCUCCGUGUAGAUGGAGGAUACACAGCUGUCUAG